GCCUGGUGUCAACGCCGCGGCCAUGGCGGAGCUGACAGACGCGGAGCUCCGGAAGGAGCUGAUGGCGCUGGGCUACCGGCCGGGCCCCAUCACCGCCACCACCCGCAAGGUCUACGUGAAGAAGCUCGGCUGCCUGCGGGCCGAGGUGGCGGCGGCCAGGCGCAGGGGCCGCGCCGCUCCGCCCAGCCCGGCCCGCCCCUCCGCCAGGCCGCAGCAGGCCUCGCCCUCGCGGCCGCGCUCCGGCUACAACCCCGCCGUCGGGGCCGCCCGCGACAGUGAGGAUGAGGCGGAGGAUGAGGAGGAGGAGGAGGAAGAGGAGGAGGAGGGGGGAGGGGGGCAGCCGCCCGCGUCCCGCUGGGGGACGUCUGGGGAUGGCGGCGGGCUGGCCUGGGGGGACUCCCGGGGGUCCCCGCCGGGCCGGGGCGGAGGGCUGGGCCUCGGGGCUGAGGGAGGCCUGUCCCGGAACAGCUUCGGUGGGCUGAGCUCGGCGCAGUGGGGAGUGUCCGUAGAGAGAAGUGGGGAUGCCGGGGCCGGGCUGGGGACGUCCCUGGGGGGGGCUGGGGGGCUGAGCUCCCCCUCCCCGUGGGACACGUCCAUACAGAGAAGUGGCGGGCUUGGGGGCGGGCUGGGGCUGUCCGUGGAUAGGUCUGGGGGGCUGAGCUCCACAUCCCACUGGGAGACGUCGGAGGAGAGAAGCGGGGGGCUCAGCACCCGGCUGGGGACGUCCCUGGAUGGGUUUCGGGGGCCAAGCGCCACGUCCCAAUGGAGCACGUUUACAGAGAGAAGUGAGGAGCUCGGCGCUGGGUCAGAGCCAUCCCUGGAUGGGUUUCGGGGCUCAAGCUCCUCCGCGUUGCAGUGGGGCACCUCAGCAGAGAGGAGCGGGGGGCUCAGCACAGGGUUGAGGCCAAGCCUGGACAGGUUUCGGGGUUCCAACGCCACGUCCCAAUGGAGCACAUCCGCAGAGGGAAGCGGGGGACUCGGCAUCAGGGCUGGGUUGGGGACAUCCCUGGAUGGCGCUGGGGGCCUGAGCUCUGCAUCGCCCUGGGGUACCUCUGCUGGCAGGAGCGGGGGGCUCAGCUCCAAACCCCUUUCCAGUGAUGAGGUUGGGGGUCUGAAACCCAGGAGCCGUUGGGGCACGUCAGGAGGAGGAAUUGGGGGGCAGAGCUCCCGAGCUCAGUGGGAGACAGCAGGGGAAAGGAAGGGGCACUCCUCUAACAGCGCGUGGAGGCGGGAAAGCGAGGUGACACCCAGCACCCACUGGGGCACAUCGGCGGGACCUGGGGGGUUGAGUUACCAGUUUGGGAGAGGGAAAGAGGAUUUGGGUUCCAGUGUUCGGAAGGAGGCGGACACGGAGCUGAACCCCAGCAGCCGGGGAGGGGGGCUGAUCCGGCGCUUCCCAUGGAGGGCUACAAGCGACGCAGGGCUGGCGUCGGGGAGCCGGUGGGGAGCAGGACAGGGAAUAACCUCCCGCACUCACUUGUUGCGGUCAGCCCCAAAGCAGCAGACGGAAGGAAAGGGCAAAGGCCUCGAAUACUACCUCUCCCAGUUCCUUUGCCUCGCCAGCUUUGUGCUGCUGAUGAUUUUUCUGGGCAUCCUCAUGGUGAAGAUGAUCGGGUCAGGCUGGCUUGACAAGAGAGAGGAGAAUUUUAAUCUCUUGCCUGUGGAUUGUGACAAAAGAACGGAUGAUUUCUGUGAAGCUAAACAGAAGGACACAAUAAUGAACAUGCUGCACGAGUUGUAUAACUACUUGUCUGUACAAGCUGGUAAUUUUGAAUGUGGAAACCCUGAAAAUCUAAAAAGCAAAUGCGUCUGGGUUAGUGAAGCGAGGGAUCACGUGGUGAAUGUUACUGGUAGUUCCACGCAGAAGUUCGAAGCUGCCCUGCACUGGAUACUAAACAGUAACAAGGAUUUAGGAAUAUGGCUGAAAGGCAGAGACCUUUCGGAACCGGUUACCAAAGUGGAGGAUGUGUUCUGCCUCGAAUCGGCCCAUCCUCAGAUGGGGCUCGGCUGCCGCUUCCGUCGGGCCAUGGUCACUGCCAUUAUGAACCUCUUCCUGUUUUUCUGGAGUCUGAUAACUCUUUGGGGGAUCCUGAUCUUCCUUAGGUAUCGCUGGCGGAAGAUGGAGGAAGAGGAACAAGCCAUGUAUGAAAUGGUGAAGAAGAUCAUAGCUGUUGUCCAGGACCACUAUAAGGAAUGGGAACGGAAUUUGGAACGUUACCCCUAUGUCGGCAUCUACCACGUUCGGGACAGCCUCAUCCCUCCUCAAAGCAGAAAAAAAAUGAAGCGGGUCUGGGAGAGAGCUGUGGACUUUCUGGCUUCAAAUGAGUCACGAAUUCAGACAGAGUCGCACAGAGUAGCAGGAGAAGACAUGCUAGUGUGGAGAUGGACUCAGCCUUCCUACGUCUCGGAUUCAGAGCACUGAAGAGGAGCAGAAGUUGAGCAACUGUUGAUACGGACCUCUGCAAGGGGACAGUCCCUUCUCUGGUGGUGGGAAAGAGCAGGUCACGGUCCUAAUCUCCUAGGGUUGGGGAUUGCACGUAUCUGUUUGCUCUUCUUCCUGAAAAUCUUCACCCACAAAAGUUCAGGGCAAUAAUGUUGGCUUGGAAAGAAGAUGGGCUUGAGCUGGUGGGAAGCUAGAAUUGCACCAAAGUUAGCCUUCCAGCAAAUACCUGGCUUCUGUAGGCAAGCAAACCUAGAACAGUUUUUUAAAAAGAAAAGAAAAUGCGGACCUAAUAUUGAGUGACUUAAGGUCUUUCUGACAAAGCUUAGGUGUUUAAAAUUUGACCUCAAUUCUGCAAAGGCCAACUGGUGGCAAUGUCCAUCAGGGAAUGUGUUUAAAGAAGAUUAACAUUUCCCAUGGAAACAUUAGGGUGGCAGUUAAGAUGCAUUUUGUUACAAUUUGUUUUUAUCUGUACAAAGACAGUGAUGAAAGCACUUGGUGCUUCCUAAAGAGGAAAAUUUUUGUGUUGGCUUCACCCUUAUAAAUGGGGAAGUUGGGGGGGAAAGUCAGGUGAAGGUAGUCCUAGAGGGAGGGCAGUCUGACGUGCCUUGGUGAUUUGGGCUGGGUUGGAUGGGGUGGAAGAGCGGUUGUGACCCUGUUACGCUUUUAAAGUCUGCAGUCUCUGUGCUUUAUGAUUUCUGGGGGGUGGGGGGAAUUUGGGUGGAAAAUAAAAGCUAUAGGAAGCUUCUGAAAGCGCUUUCUUGUGGCUACAGCCAAAGGGACUGCUUCAUGAGCUAUUAAAAAACAGCUUUGGAAAGGUUAUUAGGGCUGAAUGUACAUGUUUAUCCUGGGCAGCUGCAAUGUGUGUGCUGUGUGUCAGAGCAGAGAUGUGCCAUGCGUGGGGUGUCACUACAGGGAUUGCCAAGUCGGUGUUUCUGCAGCCUCGCAACAGGUACAAGGAGCAACGAUCGAUCCUCUGUUCACACUGCAGGCAUCCUGCUUUGUAUCCCUAAUCUUUUGGUUACUUAAAUUUCUUUUUAUGUCCAGCAAAUGAGUGUUUGUUUCCAAGAAAAUAGCACCAGUGUGUGGCAGUUUAGGCUAGGCAGAGAUACUGCUAAUCUGCUCUUCCCAAUAUUGUAAAACAGCUGGCCAGCUCACCACUAAGACAGCAGGGACCAAAUUAAUUUCUGGCGUAAGCUAGUAAGAGCUGCAGCGUUGAUUUGAACCCGUGUAACCAGUGGAGGUUGUUCUCCUUGGCGUCACGGUACAGUGUGAAUGCUCUCCGCGUGGAGAGCUUCCUCUCCAGGCCCUGGGUUGGCUUAGGACGGCUGCCGAAGCCCUGCUCCCCGCUUUGCAGGCUGGUGGCGCCGCGUACAAGGUGGGUUCUUCGUGCCAGUCCCUGCGCACCUCCUGCCAUGAAGCCUGCACUUCUCCGCCCCACUGCUGCCUUUGGUGGGGUUUUCAACCUACGGACCCGGCAGGCUGCUGCGGAAGGACGGCAGAGGGUCCUUACUGCUGGUGGUCAUCAGCCAAAACGAGUGGAGAGAGCAGACUUCUCCAGGAACAAAACACGGGGAGGUCUUUCCCAUUGGAUGGGAAAUAUCCCACCCGGAGUUGACUCUUACCCCGUAUGUUGGUUUUGGUUGCAAAGGCAGGGUGUUUGAACAGAAGAGGGGACUCAACAGCUGUCUUCAAGACAAUGACCACCUUCUUCCACUCUUAAUAAAGCAGGGGAUAACGUGAAGGCAGCCUUGAUUCUUUUAAAAUGUUGUAACAAGAUCUUCGCUGCUGCCAUAGAAAUUUUUACAAACACCGGUGCCUACAUUCUUAAGCCUUUUUAAAAUAUUUGUGGGGUUUGGGUUAGCUUUUUUUAACCGUCCAAAUCCAGACGUGAAGAGUCAGGCAUGGCAGUUAUCUUUUUUUGUAUUAAACUUGUUUUUUGUAGCAUAAAUUUCACUGGCUUGGUGCUGUUUAUUAUAUGUUCAAUUCAGCUAUGUAAAUCAAUAUAUAAAAUAAAUUUAUUACAAAUAAUUUGUUCCCUUUAUUUUUAUUGAGGAGUCACAGAUUGUUCCGAGUGCUUUCGCUCAGGCAGAUCAAAUAGAUCCUGCUCCGGGGACCUCGCAGGUUCUAAGAAUAAGACUGAAGAUGGCACGGGGAUUGCGUGACAGCCGAAUGAGACGACGUGGGUCCUUGUGACGCUCGGUGGCCAGCUGCAAUAACCAGCAGUCUCACGUGUUUGGUUGCAAGUUAAAUCUGUGUUUCG